AUGGCCCCUCGACGCGGCAGUUAUUCCUCGAGCUACUAUAGCGACUACAAUCCAUGGAGCGAUACGGUUAGGUUGUCACUGGAAAACUACCGGGGCAAGUCUUUCUUUAUCACCCAAUUUGCCUUUGAUAUUCUUUCUCUUCUCGCCUUCAUCGCCUUCCUCAUCUGGGCAUGCAAAAUCAGGAAUCGCAGUAUCCCGCUAAAGGUACUCAUUUGCGCCCUGGCUUCCUUUACAUGUGGGUCACUUCUUAGCUGCCAAAUAAAUGUCGUUGUCUGGGAAGCCCUAAAUGUCGCCGAGGCAGAGGUGACAAAGUACUAUUUGAUCUGCCUGAUGCUCUGGGACUUCUUCAGAGUCGUGGCGAUCUGUCUUACCUUCUAUGUUUUCUGGAAUCUCAUUCAUAACUUCCUGAGCCAUAUCAGAGGUUCCGGUAAGCCCCAUGUGGCAGUGACCAUCAUCCAUUAUAUCUUCCUUGUUAUUAUCUUCGUGAUCUCGCUUGCCGAAUUUGGCUUGUGUGUCGCUUCUUAUGUCCGAAGUGUGACUUCCCCCUACGACGAGACUCUGCAGUUGACCUGGACACAUCUGAGUGGUGCGACUGAGAUCAUCUAUUGGGCCUUUUCCAUGGAGAUCCUCGCAUGGAUGAUCUUCGUGGUUACUAAGGCUGGUAACCAUAUUUUUGUGUCAAAGGUGCCCGCUAUGGCAAUCGUCACCGCCGCCGUCUCCUGGUUCGCCGUGUGUUCCCUCUCGGCAAUCAUCUACAUUCGCUAUAGCCUGGUGUACGUCGGUUACUAUGAAUGGCCACUAUACCUAGACGCUGUUAGAACAAUUUUGAAGUUCAUCUUCUGGGUCGGUACUUAUACUGGCAUUCUCCUGUGCUGUGCGAAAUGGCACAGGCUCGGCGAUGAGCAGAAGUAUCCAGCGCAGCAGUACCAGACUCAGUAUCCUCCCACUCAAACCCCGCCCCAGCACCUUACUCAAUUUCAUGAUGGGCAGUACCCUCCGGUUCAACAGCAGCCAUAUGGUGUUGCUCCUUACCUGGAUCAUUCGGCACAUAAUCGGUCUCACCCGCACCAUGUCUCACCUUCGUAA